AUGGUUGCUUAGCAACGGCAGACGCCACGGGAGCGCAACACAGAGCGCUUUGGAAAAAAGGAGAAAGCGGCGCGCCUAGCGUUUUCCACACGUCUUCAGGCGCGACAUGCAAAUGUGGUUUUGUUUUGAAGGAGAAAAACAAAUUCUGCUUGACUUGGCGAGUCCACUGACCAAGUCCGAGACAAGUCCGAGAGCAAACACCAACGAGUCCAAGACGAUAGAAAAAUGUCUCGAGUACUACAGCCCUAAUAUUAUUUUGGUCCAGUAACAUUCUCUGAGUGGCCUUUGUUUUGAUCUACAUUCGCCCUCUGGUGGAGAAACACAUAUGAGCAACACUCGUCAUAGCCCUUCAAGUCUCGUCAUAGAGCUUCAACCAAUCAGCGCGCAGAUCAGCAGAACCUGCGAACCAAUCAGCGCUCACAUCAACAGGAACUGCAACAAUGGAGGCGAGCAGAAAGCCCGUGGGCGUAUGACAGCAUGUGAACGGCAAAUCAAGCGCAAAUCCCCAAAAUCAUAAUGCACGCUUUCUGAACGGACAGUUAACUGGUCCACGUGUGAAAUCGACAAAAUGGCUUCGUGGUCGGAGAAAAUGCUACAACUCCUGCGUCGAAUGAAUAACUUUCAUUUACCAGGUUCUAGUUUAGAGAGCUGUCUACGUUUUGAGGUGGCUGGAGAACAGGUUGGAUGGAUUUCCCCAAGAGUAGAAUCAAUUCUUGGUCGUUUUCCUGCUGUCUUCAGACCAUACGGGAGCACUAUAACCUUCAGCUCCGGUCUUGACACUUUUGAGAGCAGAUCAGUGGCUGUGGAUGAGGUCUUGCAGGAGCUGAGGAGAGAGGCAACAUUCACCUGUCUCAUAGGCUGGAGAGAUGAGCAAUAUGCUGUGAUGCCCAGGUAUUGCGACCCUCCGCUGAUGUAUAUGGAGAGAGCAGCUACAAGUCUGUUUGGAGUGAAACGGUAUGGUGUCCAUGUCAAUGGCUACACUCAGGAUUCAAGUGGCAACCUUAAUAUGUGGCUGGCUCGACGAUCUCUGACCAAACAGACAUAUCCAGGAAGACUUGACAACAUGGCGGCUGGAGGACUGGCAGCAGGAUGUAGUGUAAGGCAUACCAUGGUAAAAGAGUGUGAAGAGGAGGCCUGCAUCCCUCCAGGACUGGCAGAGCAAGCGCGUCCUGUGGGAACUGUGAGCUACACCUACGAAGAUGAUGAAGGAAUAUUUCCUGAGUGUCAGUUUGUCUUUGAUUUAGAGCUGCCUCUCAAUUUUCAGCCUCAUAUUGGAGACGGAGAAGUGCAAGCAUUUUACUACUAUCCAAUAGAGAAGGUAAAAGAUCUCUUGGUCAGUGAGGAGUUUAAGCCAAACUGUGCCAUGGUGGUUCUGGACUUUCUCAUCAGACAUGCCAUCAUUGAGCCAGACUCAGAGCCCUAUUAUCAUGAAUUUGUCGCUGGAUUGCAUAGAUCACUGUAAAAAUUGACUGUUGGUGUUAAAGGGUUAGUUCACCCAGAAAUGAAAAUUAGCCCAUAAAUUACUCACCCUCAAGUCAUCCUAGGUGUAUAUGACUGUCUUCUUUCAGACGAAUCCAGUCGGAGUUAUAUUAAAAAUUGUCUUUGAUCUUUCAAGCUGUUUAAUGGUACUCAGCGGGUGUUGUGGUGCAUCUGUCCAAAAGAAGUGAAAUAAAUAAAAAGCGCCCAUCCAUAAAAAAAGUGUCUCACAUGGCUAUGGGGGUGACCAAAGGCCUCCUGUAGCAAAUCGAUGCGUUUUUGUAAGAAAAAUAUUCAUAUCCAUAUUCAGAAUGACUUGAGGGUGAGUAAUUUAUGGGCUAAUUUAAAUUUUUGGGUGAACUAACCCUUUAAGACUUCUGUCAACCUGCAACACUUCGGUAUUUUUAGUUAUCUACCUCCGCUUUUAACUCCUCUAACAUCGUCAGCAUGUGUACUUGUUUACUGAAGACCACAUCUUGCUGGUGAAGACAUUCUACGCAAACAUAACCCGGAGAAGAGACACAGAAUAAAGACCCAAGCAAAGUUACCCCAUAAGAAUUUAUUUUUUCAAUACAUUUCAAAUGAGUCUGUGGAAAUCCAAAGAUGCACUGGUAUACAAAAGAUAAUUGAUGCAUCAAAGGCUUUUUUUUUUCUUACAAUGAAAUGCAGAAUCUCUGCUAAGAAAUGACUUGCAUUUAAUAAUAUGGCAUUAAACAGCUCUCUCAAAAUCA